AUAAGCGUAUUUUUCCCAGCAGCCCUCAGGGCUCGGAUCGGCGGCAUUUGUAAGCGGUGUUAUUCUGCGUCCGGCAAGAUGGCGGCUGUUCUGCAGCAAGUGCUGGAGAAGGCCGAGUUGGCCAAGCUUCCCAAAGCCGUGCAGGGGAAGCUGGAGCGGUUUUUGGCGGAGCAGCAGACCGAGAUCGAUCAGAUGAAGUCCAGGCACGAGAAGUACAGAGUGGACUGUGACCAGCAGAAUUUUGAAAUUGAGAAGCGCCUAGCACAAAGUCAAGAACGUCUUGUAUCUGAAUCACAAGAAUGUCAGAGUCUGAAGGAGCAACUCAAUAUGAAAUGUGACGAACAAAAAGAAUUGAAUGAGAAAAUGAAAGAUCUUGAGACGUCCAAUGUCCGCCUAGUGGCCUUACAGAGUCAGCUAACAAGAGCCAAAGAUUCUGUUGAUGCUGAAAAGAGAGAUUUAGUUCGGACAAAUGAGCGCCGGGCCCAAGAGCUGGAACAUCUUAAUGAUGACAUAAAACGUCUUAAUGAAAAACUGAAAGAUGCCACUGCUGCAAAGAUAGAUCUGCAGUUAAAGCUGGAUGAGUUACAGUCCUCAGAAGUGUCUAUCAAAUAUCGUGAGAAGCGCUUGGAGCAAGAAAAGGAACUUAUGCAAACCCAGAACACUUGGCUGAACAAUGAACUGCGAUCGAAAACCGAUGAACUUUUAUCCGUUCAGAGACAGAAGGGAAAUGAAAUCUUAGAACUUAAAGGAUCUCUGGAAAACAAAAAAGAUGAGGUUAUUCGACUAGAGGAACAGGUUAAAAGUCUGAAAGUAAGCAAUGAAAAACUACAAAAACAAGCUGAAGAUCAGAUGAUUAAACUCAAAGAGGCAAAGGAACAGCAAGGAAGUGUGGAAGAAAAGUUUCAUAAUGAACUCAAAGCGAAUAUUAAACUUUGUAAUCUCUACAAGAGUGCUGCUGAUGAUUCUGAGACCAAAAGUGUGGAAUUGACUCAGGCAGUGGAGGAACUGCAUAAACUCCUAAAAGAAGCCGGUGAUAAUAAUGCAUCGCUCCAGGAUCAGCUGGGAGAAAUGGAAGCUGCAAAAUGUCAAAUUGAGAAAGACCUUGGCGACAGAAUCUCUAAAUUGGAGCGAGAACUUGAAAAUGCUAAUGAUUUGCUUUCUUCCACCAAGCGGAAAGGUGUUAUGUUGACUGAAGAGGAAUUAACUGCUAUGUCCCCAACAGCUGCUGCUGUGGCAAAAGUUGUGAAGCCAGGCAUGAAAUUGACAGAGCUGUAUAAUGCAUACAUGGAAACUCAAGAUCAAUUGUUAAUAGAGAAGCAAGAAAAUAAAAGAAUUACAAAGUACUUGGAUGACAUAGUGAAGGAGGUGGAAGCUAAGGCACCCAUUCUGAAACGUCAGCGAGAAGAGUAUGAGCGUAUGCAGAAAACGGUGGCAAAUCUAUCUGCUAAGCUUGAACAAGCUAUGAAGGAAAUUCAGCGUCUGCAAAAUGAAACGGAUAAGGCAAACAAACUUUCCUCAGUGCUGGAAAAAGAAAACCAGAGGCUGGAGUUGCAAGUGAAAGAUCUUUCCCAACAGAUUAAAGUUUUGUUAAUUGAACUGGAGGAGGCCCGAGGAAACCAUGUUCACAGAGAUGACGAUGUCAGCUCUGCUAAUAUCAGCAGCUCUUCUGAAGUAAUAACGCAGCAUUUAGUCACUUUCCGAAACAUUGAUGAACUUCAGGAGCAGAACCAGAAACUCCUGGUUGCAUUGAGAGAGCUUGGGGAAGCUAAGGAAAAAGAAGAGCAAGAAGCUACUGCCGCACAACUUUCAGAUUUGAGACGUGAGCUUGAAAUGGCCCUUUCUGAAUUGGAGCAGCUUCGUGAGAACCGCCAACAUCAGAUGCACAUGGUGGAGUCUAUUGCACGUCAGCGAGACAUGUAUCGUAUACUAUUGGCGCAGACGACUGGAGUCACAAUGCCUGCAUCAGAUGAAGCAUCUAUGACGUCAACCCCAAGAAAAUCCCCUGGAGCAUCUCAACAUGCUUCCACUCCAGCUCCUGCCAGUUUGGUCUCUGAAUCUGUUGAAGCUACUGAAGCUAAAGCUGCACUUAAACAGCUAAAAGAAAUGUUUGAACAUUAUCGUAAAGAAAAAGCAGAAAAUGACAGAAUGCUCAAUGAACAGAAUGAGAAACUACAGGAGCAAGUUACUGAACUACGAUCUCAGAGCACAAAAAUUUCCACUCAGCUUGAAUUUGCUUCAAAACGAUAUGAAAUGCUACAGGAUAAUGUGGAAGGCUAUCGCCGUGAAGUAACCUCUUUGCAGGAAAAAUCCCAAAAGCUUUCUGCCACCACCCAAAAACAGGAACAGAUCAUAAACACUCUGACGCAGGAUUUGAGAGCAGCCAACGAAAAGCUAGCCAUUACUGAAGUAAGAGCAGAAAACUUAAAGCGGGAAAAGGAGCUUUUGAAGAUGACUGAAAAUAGACUUGCCCAAGAAAGAGAUUCCUUACUUGUUGAGCAAAGGGGUCAAAACUUGCUACUAACAAACCUCCAGACUAUUCAGGUCACCCUCGAAAGGUCUGAUGCAGAAAUUAGACAUAGAUAUACCAAUCAAAUAGAAAAGCUGGAGCAAGAGUUAACCCAAGUUAAGAAGAAAUUGGAGCAUGAAAUAGAACAGAAACACAUCACUGGUAAAAAUCAAGAUGUUCAGAUUUUGGACUUCAAAAGACAGUAUGAAACUGAAGUAAAUCUACACAGUAGUACAAAAGAACUUCUAAAAAAUUCACAGAAGGAAAUUUCGACACUGAAACAACAACUUGGUAAUUUUGAGGCACAGUUGGCAUCUCGCUCAAGCCAGUUGUCCUCCAGCAAAGAUACAGAUGACAAAGGUGAAGAUAUAGAAGAGCUAAAGACUAAGCUGCGACAGUCUGAAGAGUUAGUGAGUGACCUUAAGGAGAGGCUGAAAACUAGCACUAGUAAUGUGGAGCAAUACAGAGAGGUGGUGCUUGGCUUGGAAGAGUCUCUCAAUAAGGAGAAGCAGAUAACUGAAGAGGCGUGUAAAACCAUCGAAUUACGAAUGAAAGAGGCAGCCGAGUACCAGGCACAACUUGAGAAGAAAAUGAUGGAAGCAGAAAAAGAAAAACAAGAGCUUAGAGAUGAAAAGCACAAAGCUAUUGAAAACACGGAGCAGCAGCUUUCACAGCUCAGACAAAGUCUUUCCACGCUCCAAGGGGAAGUCCAGUCUGCUCUUCAAAGGGCCACUACUGCUACAAGCAAUGAGCAGAAAGCAAAACAGGAUUGCCAAGAGCAAGCAAGAAUUGCUGCUGAAGCGCAGAACAAAUAUGAACGUGAAUUAAUGUUGCAUGCAGCUGAUGUAGAAGCUCUUCAGGCAGCUAAAGAGCAAUUGACUAAUGCUGCUGCCACACGCCAGAAAACAGAGGAAGCAGCUCAGAAGGCAGAAGCCGAACUCUUAGAGUGCAGGGCAUCUUGGGAGGAGAGAGAACGUAUUCUAAAGGAUGAAGUUUCAAAGAAUCUUUCUCGGUGUGAAGAUUUGGAAAAGCAAAACAGGCUAUUACAUGACCAGAUAGAGAACCUCAGUAAAAAGAUGGUGACUUCUGUUCAACAAGGAGCUCUUAACGUGUCAUUAAGCGAAGAAGGAAAGUCCCAGGAUCAAGUUAUGGAAAUUCUCAGAUUUGUGAGACGAGAGAAAGAAAUUGCAGAGACAAGAUUUGAAGUGGCACAAGUUGAAUGUUUGAGAUACCGACAGCGCAUGGAGCAUAUGGAGAAAGAAAUUAAUGAGCUGCAGGACAGUUUGAAUGCGGAACGUGAGAAAGUUCAGGUAACUGCAAAAACUAUGGCCCAACACGAUGAACUAAUGAGAAAAACAGAAACUAUGAAUGUUUUAAUAGAGACAAACCGAUUGCUGAGGGAAGAUAAAGAGAAGUUGGAACAUAACUUGCAACAACUUCAAGCUAAGAUCAGGAAACUUGAGGCAAAUAUAUUACCACUGCAAGAAUCCAACUCUGAGUUGAGCGAGAAAAGUGGUAUGCUACAGGCAGAAAAGAAAUUGCUUGAGGAAGAUGUAAAACGCUGGAGGGCCCGAACACAGCACUUGCUGAACCAACAAAAAGAUACAGAUGUAGAAGAAAAUAAAAAGUUGCUUUCUGAACGAGAGGUUAAUGUUAAACGAAUUCAGCAACUAACUGAAGAGACUGGAAAGCUGAAGACUGAGAUUGCAAGGUUAAAUGCAUCUCUAAAUACAUGUCAGAGUCAGUGUCAGAAUGCAAAAGAAGAGACUGUAAAACUGAAGACUGAAAAGGAAAAUCUACAGAAGGAGCUUAAUGCUAAAGUAACAGAUAUACAAGAGAAGAUAAAAACAAUCACCCAGGUGAAGAAAAUAGGAAGGAGAUACAAAACACAGUAUGAAGAGUUAAAGGCUCAGCAUGAUAAGUUGGUCGCUGAAACUUCAACAGCCCAGGCAAAUCAGUCGGAAGAACGAGCGGCUCAAAAAGAGUUGCAAGAAUUGAGGGAUUCACGCGCACAAGCUGAAGUCAAACUGUCUGCUCUCGAAAGCCAGUUGGAGACUAUGCAGAAGACUAUUGAUGAAAAGGAAAAUGAAGUGAAAGCCCUACAGGAACAGAUUAUACAACUUCAGACAGAAUUAUCCAAAGUCCACAGAGACAUUCAAGACAAGACUGCACAAGAAGAGCAAAUGCGUCAGCUCAUGAAUGAAAAGGAAGAGAAAACCAAGAAAACUCUCCUUGGAGCCAAGCAGAAGCUUGCUCAACUUACUGCAUUAAAGGAGCAAUUAUCAAGUGAAAAGGAAGACUUGAAGCAGCGACUUAAUUCCCUUGAACAGCAGAAGGAAGAACUAGAUGUUAGAAUGAGCGCUUUGAAAUCACAGUACGAAGGGAGGAUCUGUCGCCUGGAGCGAGAGCUGCGUGAGCAGCAGGAACGGCACCAUGAGCAGAGAGAUGAGACUCAGGAGCCCUCAAAGGGGCCAGAGCAGAGACAAAUUACAGUUAAACCGACUGCUGCACCUGGUGAAAGGGGAAUGGCCAGUAUGACCGAACCACCAACUGCUAAUAUCAGGCCUACUCCAGUUGUGGCCACACCAAGUAAAGUGACAACAGCACAAAGACCACCAAGAGCUAGUAUUCGCCCUAUGGUCACCCCAGCUGUUGUCUCUACUCCAACAACUACCCCGACGGCUACGGUUAUGCCCACCACUCAAGUGGAGACACAAGAAGCAAUGCAGUCAGAAGGUCUUUUGGAGCAUGUUCCGGUAUUUGGAAGUACCAGUGGAUCUGUUCGUUCAACCAGCCCCAAUGUUCAGUCAUCACUCUCACAAGCCGUUCCAGCUGUCCAGCAGCAAACUGCUUUUGUCCAGCCCACCCAGCAGUCACAUGCUUCUAUAGAACCUUGCACUCCAGAACCCUCUGUGGACGUUGUCCAAAGCUCUCCUAUAGAGAGGCCGUCUACAUCUUCAUCAGUGUUUACCAACUCUUCAGCGACACCAAGCUCUUCUAUGUCGAAACGUCAACGAGAAGAAGGGGAAGAGACCUCUGUGGAGACCACAGAACAGUCCAUGGAGGAGCCUGACUUGCCUGUUAACAAAAAGCUGAGGACAAUCCAGAGAGUUGAACCAGAGGAGGAUGUUUUGGCGGAAGACAUUCCUGAGGCAGAAUCACACUCGUUUGAUCAAGAAUCCCAAGAGACGCUUGUACAGUCUGCUAGUUUGGAAUACCCACAGAUUCACGACAGUGAAGAGUCCUUACCACCCAUCAUGGAUAACACAACACAGGCUUCUGAUACAAGCCAAACUGUGCAGUCCUCUCAGGACUCAACGAAGCCUGAUGAUAUAAUUGUUAUAGAAAGUGAUGAGGAGGAGGAGGAGGAUAAUGAAGGGGAUCAGGAGGACAUGCAGGGUUAUGAAGAGGAUGAGGAGGAUGAAGAUGAUGAUGGUGGUAUGGGUGAAGAAGGCGAUGAGAGUAAUGGUGAAGAUGGUAGUGGUGAUGGCAAUGACGCCUAUGAAGGAGAAGAUGCUGCAGGUGCAGAAGGCACUGAUCCUGGUACAGAGACAGAGGAGAGUAUGGGUACUGGAGAUAUUGGCCAAAGACCUGCAGACUCUCAAAAUAGUGGUGAAGCUUCUACAGGGACUGCUGAAUCUUCACUUUCACAAGAAGCUAGGGAGCAACCAUCCUCAGCUUCUGACCGUCCAGGGCCUCGUCCUCCUCAGUCACCUCGUAGACCACCACAUUCUCUGCCUCCCCGUUUAACAAUCCAUGCACCUCCUCAAGAGCUUGGGCCACCAGCUCAGCGAAUUCAGAUGGCUCGAAGACAGUCAGUAGGCCGUGGUCUUCAACUUACUCCUGGCUUAGGUGGCAUGCAACACUUUUUUGAUGAUGAAGAUCGUACGGUGCCGAGCACGCCUACACUUGUUGUACCUCAUCGUACAGAUGGUUUUGCAGAGGCCAUUCACUCUCCCCAGGUAGCUGGAGUUCCUCGAUUCCGGUUUGGACCACCAGAAGAUAUGCCACAAGCCAGUUCUAGCCAUUCCGACCUUGGUCAGCUUGCAUCUCAGGGAGGCUUAGGAAUGUAUGAAACACCACUGUUUCUUGCUCAUGAGGAGGAGUCUGGUGGUCGCAGUGUCCCAACCACACCACUUCAAGUUGCAGCACCAGUUUCUGUUUUUGCCGAGAACCCUACAGCUGACACUUCAGACCAUGCAUCUCAGUCUGUUCCUAUGGUCACAACUUCCACUGGAAAUGUUUCUACAGCUGUUGAGUCUGGCACAGCAGAUGAAGGAGAUGAAGUUUUUGUUGAGGCGGAAUCUGAGGGAGUUGCUUCAGAAUCUACAUUAGAAAUGGAAACACGGCAAGAUCAAGAUCCUGUUCAACCUUCUGAGACUGACCUUCCUUCCACAAGCCAAGAUCCUCCUACGUCUUCUUCUGCAGACACUAGCACCAAUCAAUCAAAACCUCUCAGAAGAGUAAAACUUCAUCCGCAGACUGGAAGACCUGCUGUACGGGGAAGGCAGUUUACCCGACAAAGAGGAGUUCCUUUAGGAAGUAGAGGAGGAAUUAACAGAAGCAACUUUUAAGAGCACUCUCUCCCCUUAUUGUGAAUACACAGCUUUCGUUCCCAAUUUUAAGUGUUCGUAAAAUUAAACCAUUUUUGUAAAAGUGAAAUUAAAGAUUUAAUAAACAUU